GAAAAGAAAGUUGUAGUCUGUUGUAGUCUUUGGGAAAAGAUAAAGAGAGCAGUAAAUCCAAUUAUAAAUCAUCAAAAACUAACUUCUUUCAUGAAUUCCCAAUUCAAUCAUCAUUCAUAAUUUCUUUUUUUUUUUUCUUCCCAUUCAUCCUCUCUCUCAUUUGUCCUCAAAGUUUGAAUUCUUUUUUUUUUUUCUUAGAAUCUGGAAAAAAUUUUCCCAGGAAAAAGAAAACUCAGUCCAAUUCUUGUCCUCAACCUGAACCCAGAAUAGAUCCUUGAAAAGAUCCCUUAAUUCUUGCCGCAAAUUCCGUCUUUCACUAGAUAUUCUCCUUUUCUUUCUCUCUACUGUACUGCCAAAGGAAAAGGAAAGUUCUUUUUUAUUUUCUUCUUCUUUAAUAACUUCGUAAAUUCAUUUCCUUAAAAACCCACCUCUUCAAUUUUUUUUUUCCCAAGUAAAUGCAGUCUAAUUGUUCCUAAACCCUUAUUCCCAUUUACCGAUCAAUGAGUAUUUUUAGAUUUUAGUUAGUUUUAGGUUAUAUUACUUGUUCUUUUUUCUCCAUAUUUUGCUGUUUCUGUUGUUGUGGUGAUAUAUUUUUAAUGAAAUUUGAUGGAUCUGAAAGUUGCUGUGUUUUUCAAUAAUGGAACAGUUUUGGGUCACCGUGGUUGGUGAAUUUUGAUUGUUAGUUGUUUGAUUGGGGGUUUUGCUUGGUGUGUUAUUAUAGUGCUUUUGAUUGGGAAUGUCAAUCAUGGAUGUUUUGAUUGGUGGCAAGUUUAAGUUGGGAAGGAAGAUCGGUAGUGGAUCCUUUGGUGAACUUUAUUUGGGUAUCAAUGUACAAAGUGGAGAGGAAGUAGCUGUUAAACUGGAAUCUGCGAAGACAAAGCAUCCUCAGCUUCACUACGAGUCGAAGCUCUAUGUGCUUCUUCAAGGAGGAAGUAGCGGGUAUUCCCCAUCUGAAAUGGUUUGGAGUUGAGGGUGAUUACAACGUCAUGGCCAUUGACCUUCUUGGACCAAGUCUGGAAGACUUGUUUAAUUAUUGCAAUCGGAAGUUUUCCUUGAAAACAGUUUUGAUGCUUGCAGAUCAAUUGUUAAAUAGAGUGGAGUUUAUGCACUCGCGGGGCUUCCUUCACCGUGAUAUAAAGCCUGACAACUUUUUGAUGGGGUUAGGGCGCAAAGCAAAUCAAGUCUAUAUCAUUGAUUAUGGCCUUGCGAAAAAGUACAAGGAUCUUCAAACGCACAAGCACAUACCAUAUAGGGAAAACAAAAAUCUCACAGGCACAGCUCGCUAUGCUAGUGUUAAUACGCACCUUGGGGUUGAGCAAAGCAGGAGGGAUGAUCUGGAAUCUCUAGGUUAUGUGCUUAUGUAUUUUCUGAGGGGAAGCCUUCCCUGGCAGGGACUGAAAGCAGGUACCAAAAAGCAAAAAUAUGACAAGAUCAGUGAAAAGAAGAUGCUUACUCCCAUAGAGUUUCUGUGCAAAAACUACCCUUCAGAAUUCACGUCAUACUUCCAUUAUUGCCGAUCAUUGCGAUUUGAAGACGCACCGGAUUAUUCAUACCUGAAGAGGCUCUUUCGGGACUUAUUUAUCCGAGAAGGGUAUCAGUUUGAUUAUGUAUUUGACUGGACUAUAUUGAAGUACCCGCAGAUUGGCUCCAGUUCUAGAGCAAGGCCAAUUAGCAAACCAGCUGUGAAUCCAGGUCCAUCAGCAGAAAGAACAGAACGGCCUUCAGUGGGUCAAGAAAUCCGAGACAGAUUCUCAGGGGCAGUUGAGGCAUUUGCUCGUAGGAAUGGCUCUGGGCAUGCUUUGCAUGGGGAUCACUCGCGGCACAGGUCUUCAGAUGAUGUGCCAUCAUCUAAAGAUGUGCAUCUUGAUUCUGAAAGGCCUCGAUCAUCAUCUCGAAAUGGCAGUACUUCAAAGAGGGCUGUCAUAUCCAGCAGUCGGCCAAGCUCAUCGGGCGAGCCUACUGAGAGUCGAUCAAGCCGGCUGCUAUCAAGCAGCGGUCGAUUGUCCACAACGCACAGGGUGCAACCUGGAUUUGAGUCGAAAUCAUCUUCUUUUACUCGAGCUGCAGCAACAAGAAGUAGUCGUGAUGAUGCACUUAGGAGCUUUGAGCUUCUCUCAAUGGGCACAGGAAAAAGAAAAUAAGCAUCAGAUUUAUAAGAAGGACGUCCUUGUGUUAGGGGUCCAAUUUCCCAUAUGUGGUUUGUAUCAAAAUCUUGGGAUGAUAAUGGUGUGUUAGCAGUUACUUUGAAUAUGCGCGCCAAUUCUUGGGUUUCAUUCGCAUUAAGUGCCAGCAGGCCCAGCACAACAAAGUUUCACCUGGAAAGACUGCUCAGCUCCUGCUCUUCAGGGAUUCUUGCAAGUACAUGACCUACUGGAAUCAUGAUGGACGGAGACGAAUUAUUUCACGUUAGGGAAUUGUUUAUAUUUGAGACGAUAGUAGCUGUAAUAAAUGUCAGGGUUAUAUUUGUCUUACCUUGGAAAACUCAACUUCACUCAAAAAGACUAAUAUGGAAAGCUCUUUCUUGUAUGUUGCUCUUUCUCUUGCCCCCCAAGUUUUAUGAUAUUGUGCAUAAUGCUAUUAUGAGACAAAUCUUGGUUCUACUCUA